AUGAUAAUCAGAGCUUCUCCACCACCACCAUAUCAACUGAAUCCUAUCGUUGUUCCAUCGCAGUUACCUCCUUCUUAUACUUGCACUGUAUAUAAACGCGGAUAUGUAAAGCUGAAAAAAGAAUUGGAAAUUGGUGGCACUCGUGAAAAGCAUCGGCCUUGGAGGAAAGUGUACUUCGAACUUAGAGGCACUGUAUUAGAAGUACGUAAAAAAGAGAAAACAAAUCAUUCUUUAUGUACUAUCUCCAUGCUCAAAGCAUACUGUGGAGUUGCAGUCGAUUAUUAUAAAAAAGAUAAUGUGUUGAGGCUUCGACUUGAUCCAACAAAAGAGCAAUAUCUCAUUCAGCCCAUUGGCGAUAUUUUCGACAUAAUAUCUUGGUGCGAACAUUUACAAGCAGCAGCUAACAUAAGUGCAGACCUUGAUUGUAGAAGAAUGCCUAAACUGUUUACUUUAUCAAGAGGGAACUACGGCCAAUUUGAACGUCAUCAACCAGAGGCGUUAUCAGAGCAGCAACAAAGAUUAAGCAGAUCUAGAGCUAUUACCAUACUUGUAGGCAAAACUGAAGCAGUGCUACCAGUUCUCAAAUGUCAAUUGCUGAAUAAGAGUAUUUCACAGAAGAAUGACAAAUAA